UUUGAAGGCGGUCUCUUGACGUUAUGUAUCACUUUCACAGGUGCUUAUUACUUGCGUUUUCUGCACAUAUUUUUUUUUAUUUUCUUCAAACAUUAUGACAUAAUGGAAUUUUCAUUUCUUGGCCACACAAAUUUGCACAAUGAGGACUUCAGGCAAGUGGAAAGUGCGAAAUAAUAUCUCUGCAAUUACAAGACAAGCAGGCAUGAGACGACAAGAGAUGCCAGAAGAGUCACUAACAACUGUGAGAUCUAAGAGGAAAGAUGAAUCCCGCUGAAGCGGCGGAGGACGGACCCACUGAUUCAGACACGGAUGCAUUCUUCAAAACAGGGUCUUUCAGAUGUGAAGGCAUUAAAGCGUCUGAUGUCCUUCCUGUGCUGAGAGAAAAAAUAGCAUUUGUAUCAGGAGGUCGUGAUAAGAGAGGUGGCCCCAUCCUGACCUUUCCCGCUAGGAGUAACCAUGACAGAAUAAAACAAGAGGACCUGAGAAGACUUGUAACGUACCUGUCCACUGUGCCCAGUGAGGACGUGUGUAAGCGAGGUUUCACUGUGAUUAUUGAUAUGCGCGGUUCUAAGUGGGACCUGAUAAAGCCGUUACUGAAGACCCUGCAGGAAGCGUUUCCAGCUGAGAUCUGCGUCGCUCUCAUCAUCAAACCAGACAACUUCUGGCAGAAACAAAAGACCAACUUUGGCAGUGCCAAGUUCACCUUUGAGACUAGCCUGGUGUCUGUGGAGGGUUUGACCAAACUAGUGGACCCGUCUCAGUUAACAGACGACUUUGAGGGAUCUCUGGAAUAUAAUCAUGAGGAAUGGAUUGAGCUCAGGGUCGCUCUCGAGGAGUUCCUGGCCAGUGCUGUUCACCUCCUCUCCCGCCUGGAAGAUCUGCAGGAGAUGUUGGCUAAGAAGGAGUUCCCGGUGGACGUGGAGGGAUCUCGGAGACUCAUCGAUGAGCACACUCAGCUGAAGAAGAAGGUGAUGAAGGCUCCAGUGGAAGAGCUGGACCACGAAGGCCAGAGACUCUUGCAGUGUAUCCGCUCCAGUGACGGCUUCUCAGGGAGGAACUGUAUUUCUGGAAGUGCCGACUUCCAGAGUGUGGUUCCGAAGAUCGCCAGUCUGCUGGAUAAACUCCACAGCACCAGACAGCACCUGCACCAGAUGUGGCACCUAAGAAAACUGAAGCUGGAUCAGUGUUUUCAGCUCCGACUGUUUGAACAGGAUGCAGAGAAGAUGUUUGACUGGAUCAGUCACAAUAAGGAAUUGUUUCUUCAGAGCCACACAGAGAUCGGUGUGAGCUACCAGCACGCUGUGGAGCUACAGACUCAGCACAACCACUUCGCCAUGAACUCCAUGAAUGCAUAUGUGAACAUAAACCGCAUCAUGUCAGUGGCGUCACGGCUGUCGGAGGCAGGUCACUACGCGUCUCAGCAGAUCAAACAGAUCAGCACUCAGCUCGAUCAGGAGUGGAAGAGCUUCGCCGCUGCUCUCGAUGAACGCAGCACCAUCCUUGCCAUGUCUGCUGUCUUCCAUCAGAAAUCUGAGCAGUUUCUGUCUGGUGUGGAAGCGUGGUGUAAGAUGUGCAGUGAGGGUGGGUUGCCAUCAGAGAUGCAGGAUCUGGAAUUAGCCAUUCAUCACCAUCAGACGCUCUAUGAACAGGUCACACAAGCUUAUACAGAGGUGAGUCAGGAUGGUAAGGCUUUGCUUGACGUUCUUCAGCGGCCGUUGAGUCCUGGUAACUCAGAGUCUCUGACUGCAACAGCUAACUACUCUAAAGCCGUGCACUGUAUUUUGGACGUGGUCCAUGAGGUCCUGCAUCACCAGAGACGUCUGGAGAGCAUCUGGCAGCACCGUAAAGUUCGUCUGCAUCAGAGACUGCAGCUCUGUGUCUUCCAGCAGGACGUCCAACAGGUGAUUGACUGGAUAGAGAAUCACGGAGAGGCUUUCCUCAGUAAACACACAGGUGUGGGCAAAUCCCUGCACAGAGCCAGAGCCCUCCAGAAACGCCAUGAUGACUUUGAGGAGGUGGCACAGAACACUUACACUAAUGCAGAUAAACUCCUGGAAGCAGCUGAGCAGUUGGCCCAGACGGGGGAGUGUGACCCCGAGGAGAUCUAUAAGGCAGCGCGACACCUGGAGGUCAGGAUCCAGGACUUUGUUAGGAGAGUGGAGCAAAGAAAACUACUGCUGGACAUGUCCGUCUCCUUCCACACGCACACUAAAGAGUUGUGGACGUGGAUGGAGGACCUGCAAAAGGAGCUGCUGGAGGAAGUUUGUUCCGACUCGGUUGAUUCGGUUCAGGAGCUGAUAAAACAGUUUCAGCAGCAGCAGACGGCCACGCUGGAGGCCACACUCAAUGUCAUUAAAGAGGGAGAAGACCUUAUGCAACAACUCAGAGAUUCAGCAAUGAGCAGUAAUAAGAUGCCUCACACGAGCUCCAUCGCUCACAUCGAGGGCGUCCUACAGCAGCUAGAGGAGGCCCAGGGCCACAUGGAGGAACUUUUCCAUGAGAGGAAGAUCAAACUUGACAUCUUCCUGCAGCUGCGCAUCUUUGAGCAGUACACCAUUGAGGUAACGGCAGAGUUAGACGCGUGGAACGAGGACCUGGUUCGACAGGUAAAUGAAUUUACCGCAGAAGAACCCAGUCUGGCCGAACAGAGACUCCAGCGGCACGCGGAGAGAAAACAGGCCAUGAACAACAUGACCUAUGAGGUUAUGCAGCAGGGUCAAGAUCUGCAUCAGUACAUCAUGGAGGUCCAAGCCUCAGGUAUCGAGUUGACCGGGGAGAAGGAGGUGGACCUGGCCACUCAAGUUCAGGAGUUGUUGGAGUUUCUUCAUGAGAAACAGCAUGAGCUGGACGUGAGUGCUGAACAUACACAGAAACGCCUGGAGCAGUGUGUGCAGCUACGCCACCUACAGGCUGAGGUUAAACAGGUCCUGGGUUGGAUUCGUAACGGUGAGUCUAUGUUGGAUGCCAGUAUGGUGAACGCAAGCUCACUGUCAGAGGCCGAACAACUACAGAGAGAACAUGAACAGUUCCAGCUCGCGAUAGAGUCUUUGUUCCAUGCCAACUCUCUUCAUAAAACCCAUCAGAGUGCACUACAGGUGCAGCAGAAGGCUGAGAUCAUGUUACAGGCUGGACACUUUGACCCUGAGGCCAUCCGCAGCUGUGCAGAGAAGGUGGCUGUACAUUGGCAGCAGCUCAUGCUGAAGAUGGAAGACAGACUCAAGCUGGUUAAUGCCUCCGUGGCCUUCUACAAGACAUCAGAACAGGUGUGUAGUGUGCUGGAGAGUCUGGAGCAGGAGUACCGUCGAGAUGAGGACUGGUGUGGAGCUCAUGAUAAACUGGGAUCUUCAGCAGAGAUGGAUCAUGUCCUGCCUCUCAUCAGCAAACACCUGGAGCAGAAAGAGGCUUUUCUCAAGGCAUGUACUCUGGCCAGGCGAAAUGCUGAGGUUUUUCUGAAAUACAUCCAUCGUAAUAACGUCAGCACUCAGGGGUCAUCUAGCAACACCCGCGGUCCUGAGCAACAGGUCAAAGCCAUCCUGAAUGAACUGCUACAGAGGGAAAACAGAGUUCUGCAUUUCUGGACCAUGAAGAAGCGGCGUUUGGAUCAGUGUCAGCAGUAUGUGGUGUUUGAACACAGUGCCAAACAGGCAUUAGAGUGGAUAGAAGAGGCAGGAGAGGUCUAUCUCAGCACUCACACGUCCCCUGGAGACUCGGUGGAGAAAACUCAGGAACUGCUGAGAGAAUAUGAAGAAUUCCGCGUAUCUGCCAAGCAAACUAAGGAGAAAGUGAAGAUGUUGAUCCAGCUGGCAGAUAAUUUUGUAGAGAAGGGACACAUGCACGUCACCGAGCUGAAGAAGUGUGUGACGGCAGUGGACAAGCGUUACAGAGACUUCUCCCUGCGCAUGGGCAAAUACCGCUGCGGUCUGGAGAACGCGCUGGGCAUCAGCUCUGAGGAUAAUAAGGAUCUGGAGUUGGAUAUCAUUCCAGCCAGUCUAACUGACCCAGAGGUCAAACUGCGUGACCCCAACCACGAGGUGAACGAGGAAAAGAGGAAAUCAGCCCGGAAGAAAGAGUUUAUUAUAGCAGAACUGUUACAGACAGAAAAGGCUUAUGUGAGGGACUUACAUGAAUGUUUAGAGACAUAUUUGUGGGAGAUGACCAAUGGUGUAGAGGAAAUCCCUUCAGGGAUCGCCAACAAGGAGCACAUCAUUUUCGGGAACAUUCAGGAGAUUUAUGACUUCCACAAUAAUAUAUUCGUGAAAGAGCUGAUCAAUUACGAGCAGUUACCCGAGGAUGUGGGGCAUUGCUUUGUUACAUGGGCUGAUAAGUUUAAUAUUUAUGUGACGUACUGCAAAAACAAACCAGAUUCCAGUCAGCUCAUCCUGGAGCAUGCUGGGAGUUUUUUUGAUGAUAUUCAGAAGAGACAUGGUCUGGCCAACUCUAUAUCAUCAUACCUCAUCAAACCUGUGCAGAGGAUCACCAAAUACCAGCUGCUGCUCAAGGAGCUGCUGUCCUGCUGUGAAGAAGGCAAAGGUGAAAUUAAAGAUGGACUGGAGGUCAUGCUGAGUGUGCCGAAGAGAGCCAACGACGCCAUGCACGUCAGCAUGCUGGAGGGUUUUGAUGAGAAUUUGGACGUUCAGGGUGAACUCAUCCUGCAGGACACCUUCCAGGUGUGGGACCCCAAAUCACUGAUCCGUAAGGGCCGAGACCGCCACCUCUUCCUCUUUGAGAUCUCCCUCGUCUUCAGCAAAGAAAUCAAAGACUCUGCGGGACGAUCCAAAUACAUCUACAAGAACAAACUACUGACAUCUGAAUUAGGGGUGACAGAACAUGUGGAGGGAGACCCGUGUAAAUUUGCCCUGUGGGUGGGACGCACACCCUCAUCUGACAACAAGACGGUCCUCAAGGCGUCCAGUAUUGAGGUGAAGCAAGAAUGGAUUAAAAACAUCCGAGAGGUCAUCCAGGAGAGAAUCAUUCACCUGAAGGGGGCGCUAAAGGAACCCAUCCACAUGCCCAAAGCACCAGCCAAACCCCGCAACAACAGCAAGAGGGACACUGGUGAGGAUGCCGACAGUCAGGGAGACGGCAGCAGUCAGCCGGACACCAUCUCCAUUGCAUCUAGAACCUCACAGAACACUAUGGACAGUGACAAGCUCUCUGGAGGGUGUGAGCUGACGGUGGUCCUGCAGGACUUUGUGGCGAGCAGCACAUCUGAGCUCAGCAUCCAGACCGGUCAGACGGUGGAGCUGUUGGAGCGGCCAAGCGACCGGCCGGGAUGGUGUCUGGUACGGACCACAGACAAGACCCCUCCUCAGGAGGGACUGGUACCCAGCAGCGCUCUGUGUAUCUCUCACUCACGCAGCAGUGUGGAGAUGGAUUGCUUCUUCCCAGCAGGCAAAGAAAACUAUGCAGUUAGCGGUCCUGAAGGCAAGACGGAGUCCGUGGCCACACUGCAGCCACAGCCAUCCCUGAACUCCCUGCAGAGUAGCUCCCCUGGACCCAAGCGCUCUGGGAAUACACUGAAGAAAUGGUUGACCAGCCCUGUCCGGCGCCUCAGUCAUGGCAGCAACAUUAAGAAGAUUCCUAGCAAACAGAAGCAAAAACGUGAUGGACGCAAGAGCAUUGAUCUGGGGCCACCCGAACAACAGGAUGACACCCUGGAAGAGAGAGUGCGUAAAGAAGAGGGAACACUCUCCAAAUCUUCAUCAGGAAUGCACAGUGGAGGGGAGGAAGAGCCUGAGGACGAGUCACACACUCCCCUCCCUCCUCCAAUGGAGAUCAUCAAAGACCCCUCUGCUCAGGAAGAGAAGUCGUCUGUGCUGCUGGCUUCACGGCAGAGCUCGGCUGACGUCCCCAGCGCUGCUGAGCUUGUCAGUGCUAUAGAAAAACUGGUCAAAACUAAGAUGACGCUGGAACCAGGGUCAUACCCAGGAUUCAGCUCAGUAAACCCAGCAGAGCAAAGCCCCGUGCCACCCAGAAACCCUGAGCUGGAGCAGAAAGCCAAAGCACUGCGUGGACGAAUGUUUGUUCUGAAUGAAUUAAUUCAGACAGAAAAAGACUACGUGAAAGACUUGGGUAUUGUGGUUGAGGGGUUUAUGAAGAGAAUAGAGGAGAAAGGAGUUCCAGAUAAUAUGAAAGGAAAAGAUAAGAUUGUCUUUGGAAACAUUCACCAAAUCUACGACUGGCACAAAGAUUUUUUUGUUGGUGAACUGGAAAAAUGUCUUGAAGAUCAAGAAAAACUGCCUGAGCUGUUCAGUAAACAUGAGAGAAGGCUGCACAUGUAUGUGGUUUACUGUCAGAACAAACCCAAAUCUGAAUUCAUCGUUGCAGAAUACGAUUCAUACUUCGAGGGGAUUCAGCAAGACGUCAACUCAAGACUAGGCAUCAGUGAUUUUCUCAUUAAACCCAUUCAGAGAAUUACUAAAUACCAACUUUUAUUAAAGGACUUCUUGAAGUACAGCAUGAAGGCGGGGUUGGAUUGUCAGCAUAUAGAGAAAGCGGUAGACCUGAUGUCCCAGGUGCCCAAGCUGUGCAAUGACAUGAUGAAUCUGGGAAGACUGCAGGGAUAUGAGGGGAAGUUGACGAGUCAGGGGAAGCUCUUGCAGCAGGAGACGUUUUUUGUGACGGAGCAGGAUUCUGGUGUUCUGUCCCGCAGUAAAGAGCGCAGGGUCUUCCUGUUUGAACAGAUCGUCAUCUUCAGCGAGCUCUUACGAAAAGGCUCGUCCACGCCAGGAUACCAGUUUAAAAAGAGCAUCAAGGUGAGCUUCCUCGGUCUGGAAGAGCAUGUUGAAAACGAUCCGUGUAAGUUUGUGCUGUCGUGUCGUGGGUCAUCCGAACGUUUCACCCUGCAAGCGGCAAACACGGACAUUAAACAGGUCUGGGUUCAGCAUAUCACCGAUCUACUAGACUUACAGAGCAACUUCUUGUCAGCUCUACAGUCACCCAUUGAGUAUCAGAAGGAGCGCAGCGGCUCUCAAUCUCUGACCCGAAACUCCUCCAGCAGUGGGCGAAUGGGUCAGUCCAACAGCAGGCCCAGCUCCACUGCGUCACUCGGAGCAGAAAAACCCACUCUGUCUGGACGGAGCUCCACCCCGUUAAAGCUAUCUACCUCCAACGGUGGUCCAUGCUAUGACUCGGACAGAUACCACAGGCAGUUUGAUGGUGUGGGCUGUAACGGAUCAUCGUCCUCUUUGAUGGUGACUCAGGACUAUAACGCACUGAAAGAGAACGAGAUCUGUGUCACGCAGGGUGAGACGGUGCAGAUACUGGCCACUAACCAGCAGAACAUGUACCUGGUGUACCGACCCGCUAACAGCCAAUCACCAGCUGCGGAGGGCUGGGUGCCGGGACACAUCCUGGGCCCCCUCACUAAACCCCUCAUAGACACUACUGCUGACUCAAACAUCAAGAAAUCUCUCUCGUGGAACACGCUUCGUGCUCGCAAGCGUGCAGAGAAGGACAGUGCGCCACUCAAAAGUGACAUAAAAGUUGAGAAUGGACUGCGUAAGCCAAAGGAAAUUCUCAGCAGCAAGGUCACUGAGAAAGAGUCCCGCAGCUCAGACGAGUCCGAUUGUGAGGAUGAACUAGACCCCAAAACUAGUAUGGAGUUGUUGAACCCUAAUUUCAUCCAAGAGGUGGCUCCAGAGUUCCUGACCCCUCUAGCGGACGUGACGUGUGCUCUGGGGGAGACGGUGGUUCUGUGUUGUAAAGUGUGUGCUCGUCCCAAGCCCACGAUCACCCUGAAAGGACCCGAUCAAAGUCUGCUGGUCAACAAUAACCGAUUCACUAUCAAUAUCAGGGAUACGGGUGAUAUCGUAUUGAAGAUCUGUAAUCUAAUGCCACAGGAUACUGGCAUCUACACGUGUGUGGCUGUGAAUGAUCAUGGCACAGCCUCCUCAUCUGCAUCUAUUAAAGUACAAGGUAUCCCAGCAGCCCCUGCUCGACCUGUGGCGCAGGAAGCCAGCAGCACAGCAGUGAUUGUUCACUGGCUUCCUCCAGCCAGCUCAGGAAACUCUGCCAUCUCCAGCUACACUGUGGAAUACAGGCAGGAAGACUCUCUGGUGUGGCAGAAGUCGGUGGUCUCCACUGCAGAUGUGUGUGUGAAAAUUGAGAAUCUGAUUCCUGGUGGACACUAUCAGUUCAGAGUCAGUGCCAGUAACCCCUGGGGCAUCAGCCCACCCAGUGAACCCUCAAACAUGGUGACUUUACCCAGCACAGCCUCGACAUAUGACGGCACUGGAAUCCAGUGGAAAGACAAUUUUGAAUCUGCCUUCACAGAAUUAUGUGAAAUUGGACGGGGUCGUUUCUCAGUGGUGAGGAAGUGUCUCAGUAAGGCCAGUAAGAAGGAGGUUGCUGUGAAAUAUGUCAAUAAGAAGAUGCAGAAGAAAGAGCAGGUUGCCCAUGAGGCCGAUAUCCUGCGUCAUGUCCAGCAUCCCCAGCUGGUGGCGCUGAUUGAUACCUAUGAGUCACCCACAGCCUACAUGCUUGUUCUUGAGCUUGUUGAAGAUGGGCGUCUGCUGGACUAUCUAGUGGCUCAUGAUGAGCUGAUGGAGGAGAAGGUGGCGUUUUUCAUUAAAGACACACUGGAAGCUCUGCAGCAUCUGCACACCUGCAGAGUAGCUCAUCUGGACCUCAAGCCUGAAAAUCUGUUGGUGGACCUCCACGUGCCGGUGCCUUGCGUGAAGCUCUCAGAUCUGGGCGAUGCAGUACAGGUUUCGGGUCACCGCUAUGUGCAUCUCCUCCUGGGAAACCCUGAGUUUGCCGCUCCAGAGCUCAUCCAGGGCACCCCGGUGUCCCUGUCUACAGAUGUGUGGAGUGUAGGGGUGCUGGCCUACGUCAUGCUCAGCGGAGUCUCCCCGUUCCUGGACGAGAGUCUGGAGGAGACCUGCGUCAACAUCUGCAGGCUGGACUUCUGCUUUCCUGAGGAGUACUUCUGCGGCAUCAGCCAGGCCGCCAAAGACUUCAUUGUGUCCACGCUCAACCAGGACCCCAGAAAGAGGCCCAGCUCAGCCUCGUGCCUUCAGCACCCGUGGGUCAGUGCUCAUAGUGGAGAUUACUCCAAAACACCACUGGACACCAUCAGACUCGCUGCGUUCAUCGACAGACGCAAACAGCUACAUGAUGUCAGACCUGUGACAAACGUUAAAGGACUGGUCAGCAGCAGUAUGGGACACACCUUGUGAGACGAGAACAUGGGGUGAAGUAGGGAGAUUCUAGCAUGUUACAUGCUGUUCUUCAACAUUAAAUGUCAUUUACAUUAUAUCAUAUCAUUUGGAAUGUGCACUUACUGUACACCGUGUUUCCUGUAGAGUUAUUUGGCCUGCUCUGUGAUGACUUGUGACCUGGGGAGAUCAACAAAUUUGUGAGACCAUUAAUAGAUUGAGAAACUGCAAGGACACUGGAAUUGUGGGAAUCGCAGAGCUAUGAGUAGUGACGUCAUUGAAUGUCAUAUAGGUGGGUGUAGCUUAGGGUGAUUUGCUUUAUAACUUUGAGAGUACUAAACAGACCAGUAGUUGGGUGUUGUUGUAUGUUCAGUUGUACUGAAAAGGUUUACAGGAAUUUAACCAAAAAUGAGAAUUCUGUCAUCACUUACUUGUGUCGUUCCAGAUCUGCCAAAUGUGCUAAAACAAAAUGAGAUGUUUAGAUGAAUUUUAAUGUUGCUCCAAGUAAAUAAUAAUUUAAAAAAUAAACUAAUUCACAUAUAUUCAAAUAUGGCACAUUAGGUUUCACAUCUAUGAUGCUGAAUGGCUCAUUUCUUGAAUGGAUCGCAACAUGCCAGUUUGAAUGUGCAGAAGUUCAAUAAAGCAAUAAGCCCCAAGAAGCUGUGGUUUACAGUGAAUUUAGAACAGCUAAGGGGCAUCAUUAGUGCCUAAAACCCCCUUUAGCUGUUCUAAAAUCAGUGUAAAUCACGGCUUCAUGGGGCUUAAAACGGUUAUUCCACACACCUGGCAAGGUUUCAUUAAAUAAACACUGACACAAAAAUGUAAUGCUAUUGAUAAAAAAAAAACAUAUUUUUCUUCCACCAGUGUAGUUCUUCAGAAGCAGAACACAGAUACAGUGGCGCAGUAAUACUGAUGUAAUGCAGUCACAGGUGUAUGUUUGUAGAGUAAUUUACAACGGCAUUGAACACGACUCAACAAAUUAUCAAGGACGGGAACUAUACGUUUUAUGAAUAUGAUUUAAAAGCUUAAUUUGGAAGAUUCUUCAAUUUUAUGAUACUUUUACCACAUUUUGAGCUCAAUAAGUAUCAGUACUUCUCAAAUUCAAAUACCAGUUUGGAGCAACAUGAGAGCAAAUAAACGAUGACAGAAUGUGGAUGACGAUUGGGUGUGAAGAGAAAUUUAGUGAUCCAUCAUCUUGCAGCAGAUAUAUUUUUCAUAGCUUCAUUAAGAUGAAUAAAAGAAUGUAGAAUAUUUGACAGGUUAUUGUACAAAUACAUGCAUGUAGAAAUAACAGAACAUCCACCAUUUAACCUGUAAUAUAUUCAGUUUUCAUAGUAUGGGGUCAUGAGGGUCAUCAUUGAUGUCAGUUAGCAUAAUGAGGAUUAUUUUGAAUGUCUUAAAAUAGAAACCUAUGAAUUGAACAAAGUAUGCUGUUUUCUUAUUUGUUAGCAAAGUAUUGUCAUUUCAGUUAUUAAACCUCAGCACUUAUUUACACUGCCGUUUAAAAUUUGGGGUCGAUGAGAUUUUUUUUUUUUUUUUUUCUUUUUUGUGAUUGUUUUUGAAAGAAGUCUCUUCUGCUCGCCAAGACUGCAAUUAUUUGAUCAAAAAUACAGUAAAACAGUACUAUUGUGAAAUAUUGCUAUAGUUCAAAAAUAACUCUUGUCUAUUUAAAUAUAUUUUAAAAUGUAAUUUAUUCCUGUGAUGCAAAGCUGAAUUUUCAGCAUGAUUACUCCAGUCUUCAGUGUCACAUGAUCCUUCAGAAAUCAUUCUAAUAUGCUGAUUUGGUGCUCAAGCUUUCUUAUUAUUAUCAGUGUAGAAAACAGUUAUACAUUUUUGAAGGAUUCUUUGAAACAGAAUAGAUUUUUUUUUUAAUGCCAGUAUUUACUGUCACUUUUGAUCAAUUUAAUGCAUCCUUGCUGAAUAAAAGUUUAAAUCUUACUGACCUCAGACUUUUGAAUGAUGCAGUAUUUUAUUUAUUUGUUUAUUUAUUUUACAAAAUAUCCACACAUUGUCCAAGAAGAAACCACUUUUGCCUUUUACUCCAUUUAUGUAAUUUAUUAUUUUUUAAAUUUUUACAUUAAUGUAUUAUAGGAAUGUCCAACUAUUUCAUCUGUUAUACGUUUAUGUUUGACUAUAUAAUUGUUCUGUGUGUUGUAUGUGCAGUCAGACUUGUAAUAUGUCAAAAUGUCACAGGAGUCACGUAUCGGCUUUGACAGGCCAGAAGCACACAGCCCGUAAACACUUUCAGUUGAUAAUGUGACAAUAACAUCGAAUACACUCUAAAUACACACCUUUGCCAUGUGUAGCAACUCAUAAUUCAAUAACUACACAUAAUGUAAAAACAUGACAGUUUUUGGUGAGUUUAUAAUGUAAUACAUUUCUCAUAAUGUAAAAAUUGUUAGAUUUUAAAAUAAGAUUUUAUUAAGUUUUGAGAGAAUUAUUACAUUAUGAACAUUUUAUUACAAUAAUAAUAUAAUACUUAUUACAUUAUGCACAGUUGUUACAUUAUGAGUUGCUACAGCAUCAAUACUGGAAGGGAAGCCUAAUAGAGAGGUUCAGUGAGGGCCAGUGAAUUAUCACACAGUGGUGUAGUAUAAAGACGUUACAGCAUGACACACCUGUCAAUACUGCAUUGGGACAAUCGCUACAUCUCAUGUUUAACCUCAUCAGCUCUCGCUGUUUAAAGCUUCUGCUCCACAUUAAUAACCUCUGUAAUAUCAUCAUCAGGGUUGGGUCUAGUUUCACUUCAGCACAUCUGAAACAAACAACAUAAAAAUAAUCGGAAUGUAAUUUGAUUUUAGGCAACUUAGAUCUCAGGAGAUCUCUGAAGAAUAAAGCCAGAUCUGCUCAUUACAUCUCUGUUUCAUGCAUAUGCCCCUGCAAAAGGAUUGUAUAGAAGCCUGUGUGUAAAAUUUGCUGAAAUUUUUAGUUUUUCUUGAUUCAUAUGGGCUGUUUGUUUGUUACUGAAUGUUUAAUAAACUGUGCUUUGUUUUUAGGAAAACUUA